AUGGCCGACAACAGCUACAACGCGAGCCCCACUCUCGCUUGUGUGAGCAUGCCUGACAUUGGGAGGCCAGAGAAACUGGAUGUUGAGAACAAGGCCGGUGAAAGUCCACCGCCGUCAGGCCCUCCUGAUGGGGGUAGAGAUGCCUGGCUGACAAUCAUUGGCGGUUUCCUGGUACAAUUUUGCGCCUUUGGCUACAUGAAUUCCUUCGGCGUGUAUCAGGAUUACUACACGCGGGACUUUUUGAGCAACAAAACGCCAUCUGACAUCAGUUGGAUUGGAAGCUUCCAACUGUUCAUCAUGUACGCUCUGGGAGUGGUCGUAGGGCAUGCGUUCGACUCGGGAUACUUCCACCACACCAUGAUUUUCGGUUCAGUGUUCUAUGUGUUCUCGAUGUUUAUGGUCUCGCUAGCAAAACCACAUCAUUAUUAUCAGGUGUUUCUGAGUCAAGGAGUAGGAAUGGGUAUCGGACAGGGCAUCUUGUUCCUACCAUCGUUGACAAUUGUUGGCCAUCACUUCAAACGCCGGAGGGCCCUUGCAAGUGGUAUCGUUGUGUCAGGCGCAUCUGUGGGAGGCGUCGUUUUCCCCAUUAUGUUAAGCAAGAUUGCACAGCGCACAACAUUUGCGAACAGCAUCAGAGCUACUGCAGCGCUGGUUGCAGUGCUGCUGUUCAUUGCGAAUCUUUUGAUGAAGACUCGCCUUCCGGAUAGGACGGUGGGUCGUCCUGCUCCGCGGCCGGAAGUGAAGGGUAUCCUUUCCGAUUGGACCUUCGUCAUUGCCGUCCUGGGGGCCUUCCUGACUAAUCUUGGCCUCUUCUUCCCUUAUUUUUAUUUGCAGCUUUAUGCUGUAGCCCAAGGCAUCGACCCGAGCGUAGCAUUCUAUGCUUUGACCAUCCUGAACUCAGGCAGUAUGAUCGGACGACUGCUGCCAAAUUUCCUAGCGGAUAGCUUGGGAGUGUAUAAUAUGCUUAUCCCUUUUAUCGUUAUUUCUGCAGGCUUGAUUUUCAGCCUCCUCGGAAUCCACAGUUUUCCGAGCAUCAUUGCUUUUGGUGCCUUGUAUGGUUUCUCCUCUGGCGCAUAUGUAUCCUUGGUCGCUCCGCUACUUGGGCAACUGAGCAGCCACGUCGGCGAGCUUGGUAUCAGGAUGGGAAUCGCUUUCUCUAUUGUAUCCAUUGCUAUGUUGAUCGGAACUCCCGUCGAAGGAGCUCUACUUGGGCGCGAGGACGCCGAGAUCGUUUGGUCAAGGUCCAUCAUCUUCUGCGGCGUCAUGGUCACUCUGGGCUCCAUGAUGAUGGCAAUAUCUCGGUUCUUGUUUGUUAAACGAAGAGGGACCAAUUCGAGAGCAUGA